CACAGGUAAGCUACGUGCAGAAAUAUGAUAAAACUUCCACAAUAUGGUAAUUGAUCAACCUCUUCUAUUUGGCGAAGUGCAACACAGCACUUUCUGCUCAGCCAUCAAGGCAUGUGUACGUUUGAGUCACAUUAUUUCCAUAUUAUCCUGUGCUGGUGGUUCGACAUAAAUUGUGUUUGAGUUGUCCUGCCUAUAGCCUAUUUGGUUCGUCAAUAUUUUCCAUGAAAGGCCAAUCCCUUUAGGCUGCCAUGUCUGAAAGUAGCUGUGCUUAUAAGGUUGAAAGUGCAUUGAAGAGUUGCCUCCAACCUUUAGUUGGCCUUUCGCCGAACCAUUUCUAGGCUACUUGUUAUCUUUUAGGCUACUUUUAACUUCGAAGUCCUUUAUCUCUUCUAACGGUGGAAAGUCCUCUCGUUGCUUGUAAAUUUUCUAGUGAUGCCAAGAUGUUUUGAUUAAUUUGGCAUCGUCAGUUUGUAAAAACAUUGUAAAUUUCUAACGACACAUUUAUGAGCAAAUAAUUUCAUGUUCAUGUUCAUUUUUGUGGUCAGUGUUUCCGGCUUCUUCAUUCUUGUUCUUUACUUUGAUUCUGCGAAUUCCACAUUAUGAAUGUACUAAAGGCUAUCAAUUGAUGUUUCUGUAGACUGUAUGUAAUAAUAGCAGCGUUUAUUCCUCCGAUUAUGUUAUGUGGAUGACUGGAAGUAGACUUUUCCGCGUUCUUCCCUCUCUUUCCCCAAUCACUUUGGCUCGAGCGUAUAGAUCAGACACAGCCUGCGUACAUGUAGAGAGAUCGAAUUCAAUCCAAGUUUUGAAACAGAUGUUGCUUGUUCUCAAAGUCAUCUUCGAAAGAAUAUCGUUUAUUUUCCUCGAGGAAGAUUAUAUGGUUUGGAGAUUCAUUAGUCCAAGUUUCUUUUUGGUAGAAAAGGAAUCGCUUCUUCAAGAGGCCAUCCAAGAUAAAAGAAAUCCUAAACCCAUAAUGGUCAUCUUGCGGCUUAGAUUGCACGUUUCCUUCCCUCACAGAUUCUUCCAAUCCUUCCAUAUAUCCCAUUCCACCAGAAAAGCGAAACACCAAACCAAAACCUAUAAGCCUAGAACAUGCCAUUAUCGACGAGACCUCGAACUUUUCUGCGCUUCUUUUGCAUCCUCUUUCCAUUUUUCAUCUCUUUAUCCCACUCAGCCACAUUUACUAUAACAAACAACUGCCCGGAAACCAUCUGGCCCGGUACGUUGGCAGGUUCCGGCACCCCUCCGCUCCCAACAACGGGGUUUCGGUUGGACCCCGGCCAGAGUGUGAGACUUCCUUCUACUCCAGGAUGGUCAGGGCGUAUAUGGGCUAGGACAGGCUGCACAUUCGACGAGCAGGGAGCUGGCACGUGUCAAACCGGCGACUGUGGAGGCAGGCUGGAAUGUGGUGGCAGUGGUGCCACUCCACCUGCCUCUCUUUUUGAAAUAACUCUCGGCAAUGGCAAUGGUUCAGAUUUCUACGAUGUCAGCAUUGUAGACGGCUACAAUCUGCCCCUCAUUGCCGCACCACGUGGCGUGUUUGGUCCAUGUAAUGCCACCGGCUGCGCUUCAGAUAUCAACACAGGUUGCCCGAAAGAGCUUCAGGUGGUGGGAGGAGGAAGCGAAGGGACCGUGAUCGGAUGCAAGAGCGCCUGCGAGGCAUUUGGUUUGGACCAGUACUGCUGCAGAGGACAGUUUGCUAACCCGACGACAUGCCAGCCUUCCAAGUAUUCUACCAUAUUCAAAAAAGCUUGUCCAAGAGCUUACAGUUAUGCUUUUGAUGAUGGCACAAGCACUUUUACAUGCAAGGCUUUUGAUUACGCCAUUUUCUUCUGCCCCUACGGAAACGGGACGAGAAAUUCAAAUUAUGCGUUAGCUCCUCCGAGAUAUCAAGUGCCUGGCAGCGAGAAGGUUGUGCAGAUGGUUUAUUCUUCUUCUAACACGCUGUUACCAGUUCCGCCGCUAAUCCUUCUUCUCAUCGUCUACAUAUUAUCUUGAUCGUUUGAAAGCAACUGUGAAGCCUGGUGUGAUGAAUCAAGUGUUGGAAAUGUGUCCUAAAACCAAUCAUA